AUGGUUUUCCUCCCGAUCGUGGUAAGGUACAAGUGUGGUAAUUGCGGAAUAAACCUUCUUAGCAAUAGCUAUGAAUGCUUUUGUUGUUCUGAGCUUGAAGGUUGCGAGGAAGCAUUAAAAUGUAAGGAAGUUUUGGAAGAACUUAAAGCCGAAGGGAUUCUAGAUGUGAAAUGCAUCAUGCAGCACCCAGGGUUUAGUCAGGUCUGCUUACAAAAGUGGAGUUUAAAGUUAGCUGCUGACAGGUACAAGACAAAAUCUAGAGCAAGAUAUUGUCAAGAAGGAACAGAGAAUAGAUUUAUUUGCAGUGUAUCCUAUAGAGAGUUUACAAGGUUGGUGCAUGGACUAAUUGGCAAUAAGCAGAUACCCCUACCAUCUUGUGCAUACAUGGCUAUAAGAAAAGUGUUUCCAGUUAAUGAGAAGGAAAACUAUACUGGAUAUGCAGAAGAAUCUGACUCAGAAUAA